GAGGACUCGGGAGUCUGGAGAAGCAGGGCAGGCAGCGCACACCUCACAGGCUCCCGCGUACGUCCGACACUUAGCUAAAGCUGCUCCCUCGGCAGUGGAGGUGAUGAUGGCGGCGGCAGUUGAGAGAGGAGGAGGCGCCCGGGCGGCUUUCCUGAGCCCAAACAGCGGUGCCGGUUGCGUACCAGCACCGACAACGCUCCCUGCCGGAGCCCUAGCCGGGGCUGUGGUCCUGGGCUCGGGCUCCGGUGGCAUGCCUGUGCCAAUGAACCUCUUUGCGACCUGGGAGAUAGACCGAUCGUCCCCGAACUGCGUGCCGAGGCUCUGCAGCCUCACUCUGAAAAAGCUUGUCGUGCUCAAAGAACUAGAUAAAGAACUGAACUCGCUGUCUAUUGCUGUCAAAAUACAGGGUUCGAAACGUCUGCUGAGAUCUAAUGAGUAUGUCCUACCUCCCAGUGGACUAAUGGAGACCGAUCUGGAACUCACAUUCUCACUACAGUACCCCCAUUUUUUGAAGAGGGAUGCCAACAGAUUACAAAUUAUGCUGCAGAGGAGGAAACGCUACAAGAAUCGAACCAUCCUGGGUUACAAGACUUUGGCUGUGGGGGUUAUCAAUAUGGCUGAGGUGAUGCAACACCCGACAGACGGAGGCCAGAUUCUGGGUCUCCAUAGCAACGUGAAGGAAGCGCCAGUACGUGUGGCGGAGAUCAGCGUGUACUCUCUUUCCAGCCAGCCCAUAGACCACGAGGACGGCAGUGGUCAAGCUGGUCGAAAGACUAAAACCUCAGACCGCUCACCAGAUAUGGACAACUAUUCAGAGGAGGACGAUGACAGUUACUCAUCUGAGCAAGAAGCCAGUGAUGAUGCAGCUCAUGGCCAGGAUCUUUAUGACGAAGAUGAUGAGGUUCGGAAGCCCAAGAAAGCUCGGAGGAAAAUGAUACGAACCACCUCCAUGACGAGGCAACCAAACUUCAAGCAGAAGUUUGUGGCCUUGUUGAAGAGGUUCAAGGUAACUGAUGAGGUCCUGGAUUCUGACCCAGUAGACCAGACCCAGGAAGUAGAGGAGGAUCUGGACUUACUCUAUGACAGUCUAGAGGUGUAUAACCAGAGUGACAGCGGACCGGAGAUGGAAGACAAUGAGAGCGUCUUGAGCACACCCAAGCCUAAGCUUAAGCCAUUUUUUGAGGGAAUGUCUCACUCCAGCUCCCAAACAGAGAUCGGAAGCCUACACAGCCAAAGAAGUCAACAGAAGGACAUGUCAUAUACUAGUGGAGACUUUCUCACUGUGGACAGAUGUAAAGUGCAAGGGGCUUGCUAUCAAGAGGACAGCGUCAAAGACACAACCAUUGGGGAGCCAGAGACCAAUGACAGCGGGCCAGGGCUAGGGGAGGUGAGCAACUGGGAUGUCAACACUGAACGGAUGACGAGCACUGUUGGCAAGCUUUGCAAGACAGAGUCCCAAAACCACAUGUCCCCGAGUAAAAUGGAGAACAAGCUGCAGAGGCGUCCGCGCAGCACCUCCAUGAAAGACAGGCAGAAUUCCAAGGCCCAAAGUGACCGGACCAGCAGCAUAGAUAGCGAGUGCUCCCCAGAGUCGCGACUCAUAGCACAGGUUCCCAGGAAGUCCGUGUAUGACCAACUGAACCAGAUCCUCAUCUCUGACGAGCGCUUGCCAGAGAGCAUCAUCCUCAUCAACACCAUGGAGUGGCAAGGACAGUACGUUGCUGAGCUGCUUCAUGAACAGGCCCAGCCCAUCGUGUCCACCUGCUCAGCUGCAGAUGUCCAGGCCGCCUUCAACACCAUUGUCACUCGGAUCCAGAGAUUUUGUAACUGCAAUGCACAGACUCCGCCCACAAUGAAAGUGGCGGUAGCAGGUGACCAGAGUUACCUCAGCACCAUCCUGAGGUUCUUUGUGGAACAACUAGCAAACAAGACACCUGACUGGCUCAGUUACAUACGCUUCCUGGUCAUCCCUAUUGCAGGCUCUCAUCCUCUGGCUAAGUACGUGGCCACGUUUGACAGCAAGUUUAACAGCAUCUUUAUGGACACAGCGUGGAGGGAGCUGUUCUGCAGGACGGAACGGCCCGCCUCAGAUAACAUUGAUGUAGCAGGCCGUGUUGUUCAAUAUCUGGCUGGUGCUAAUGUGUCCCACCAGUUUCCCAUCUCUGAAGCCAUGCUCACUUACAAACAGAAGAGGAAAAGAAGUUUGUAUUUUGAUUUUUACAUCAGCCCGGACGAGGACUCCUGUCAGAAAUUUGUGCCAUUUAUUGGGGUUGUGAAAGUCGGGAUUGUGGAGCAAAGCCUGUCAACCUCAGUGGAUUCUGAUGAUGCAAUGGGGGGCAACACAAGCAUCUUGGCCUCCCCCACACCCCCGUCGGCCGGUCCGUAUGGGAAGGAGAUUGGGGGAACGCCUCCACAGUCACCGUCUGUGUCCACUGCCCUUUCUGGAGCUGGUUCUCCGUGUUCUGGCAGUGAAGUGAUGGGCCUGCAGGUGGACUACUGGACAUGGCAAGGACCAGAGAAGAAGAAAGAGGGAGAGAAGCGAGACGUGGGACUGAAGAACACUCUGAAGAGUAACUUCCGCUCCCUCCAAGUCAGCCGCCUGCCAUGCGGAGGGGAGCUCACCCCUCCGCCCAGUAUGGCCAUGACCGUGGUCACCAAGGAGAAGAACAAGAAAGUUAUUUUUCUCAGCAAGAAGACCAAGGAGAAAGAGCUGGACUCUAAGAGCCAAGUGAUCGAUGGAAUCAGCAGGUUGAUCUGCACAGCCAAGCACCAGCACACGAUGCUGAGAGUCAGUAUCGACGGAGUGGAGUGGAACGAUGUCAAGUUUUUCCAGCUUGCUGCCCAGUGGCCAACUCACGUCAAGCACUUCCCGGUGGGAAUCUUCGGUUACACAAAACCCGUGUGACCCCGGCAGCCGCCCCCUCGGAAAGGCCCCCCGACUCCUCUGCUCUGCACUUGUCUCACCAGACGCUCCACAGAAUUCGAGGGAAAGCCAACGGGCGCACGGCAGUAACAGUUUUCCUGUGGAAAUCGUACUUAGGUCACAUCCAUGUGUUCAAUACACACACAAUGUUUUGCUCCUUCUGAUGGUUUUCACGCUGUUUGGCUGUUGCUUUCCUUUCUUUUCUUUUUUACACUACAAAAAAGAACAAGUACUAUUUUGUAAGAUUCGUGCUACCCGCCUUGAGGUCGUCGGAGCUGUUUGACAAUUUGCCACAUGUGGAUAAUGGCAGCUAUGUUUGCACUUUGUUUUUUUUGUUAACAUGUUAUUAUUUCUGUGAAAUCCUACAUUUAUUGUUAGCCUGUAGAAGAUGGAGGCGUGCGAUGGUGAUGUGCAGUGGCGUGUGUGAGAUUUUUUUUUUUAAGGCCGUGUUCGUCCUUCGGAAUAUUGCUGUGAAUCUUGUCAGAAAGCCUUUGUUGGCUUUUUUUUGUUUGUUUGUUUUUUUACUCAGCCCUUUCCUUUCUCCAAAUUGUCACUGAAAACAACACAGGACUUCUUUUCUCACGCAUGACGUUUUGUCAAGAAGCUAGAAUUGAUUAUAGCUGGCACACAUUUUUAAACACUCCGAUAAUGUAAUUCUCUGAAAGUCGUGAAGACUUUACACAAUGACUUAGAAACAGGGUAAUUCACAGCAGCUCAAUGCCAAAUUAACUUCUGCCGUUUCUAAGCCCUGAUAUGCAUUUAUUGUAAUCCCCCGCCCCCAACCUGUGAAGUUUCUUGGCCUUCUAGGAGCUACUUAUUCUGCAAAUAGUGGCUGGUGAAAAUGUGCAGUGUUGUGCCAAAGUCAAGUGUGUGUGUGUGUGUGUGUGUGUGUGUUUUACGGCCCCACCAACAGAGCUUUCGGCCUACAUGAUGUAUUUGGGGUCCCUUUUGGAAUUAAGUACAGUGUUCCCUCGCCGUUCACCUUUCGCGGACUCGCUGUUUUGCGGACUUUUUAGUGCAAUUGAAGUGUUUUUUUUGUUGUUUUUUUACAGCGUAUGAACGCUGGCCCUUUGAGAGGAAUUGCAUUGUGACAAGUUGAGUGUUGUCGUUCUCUGCUUUAGCACAGGGGAGGGGUCUCUCUAUUCUAGUCUGCACCAUUGUCUUCUGUGUGGUCUCCUGUUGUGGUCAUGGCUACCAAACUAACCGUGUGAGCUGCUUGCUAACCGCCAAUACUGUCAACAAUAGAAGAAACAGAAGCAAACCAUGUGAGGGAAAAUACGACGACAGGAGCAACAUGUUUUAUCAAGGAUACAAACACGCCAACGGCGCCAGGACGAUGAGGCCUGGUCAGAGGUGUGAAGUACGCGUGAGUCAGUUAAUAAUUUCCUGUGUCCAGCCUUGUAGGUUGGUCAUUAAAAUUCCAACGCAAUUUGAACUUUAAGAGUGUUUAAACAAGAGACAAAUGUGAGAAAAGUGUAUAAUGUGUAUGGUGAGGGGUUUUACAGCCUUAAAACAUAUAUAAUUGUAAAUAUAUAUAUAUAUAUAUAUAUAUAUAUAUAUAUAUAUAUAUAUAUAUAUAUAUAUAGUUGGCUACUUUGCGGAUUUCACUUAUUGCAGACUGUUGGUAACCUAUCUCCCGUGAUAAACGAGGGAACACUGUAUUAGCACUACUGAAAAUGGAACAAUCAGUGUAUUAAGUUGGCUGUAGAUGCAUACAGUCUGGAAAAAGCAUAAUGUUGAGGAAGCUCCAGUGUUGGUGUGACUGCAAACAUGCUUUGACAGUAGCGCCCAGCGCAAUGCAAAUUAGUCGCCAGAUGUCCAAAUCACUGCCUGUGUGUGUGUUUGUGUGUGUCCUGUGUGCGUUGGUACUCCCCAACAAGUGUUACGUGCAACUUACGCAAUAGGAAACCUUUCGACAAACGGCCUUCGGUGUGUUGUGGCUUUUUUUCUCUCUCCCCCCCCCAACCCCGAGUGAAAAGCUUUGUUAGGCUGGCUUGUUUUUUAAAGUAUUGUAUAUAAAAAAAUACAAGAUGUAUUAUGAUUUGCAAAUCGCCCUUGGAUGAAAUUGAAAGCACAAAUAGCUAACCUCUUAUUUCUUGUCCAAAAGAAAUGCCAAAUUGAGUAUGUUUGUUAUGUAUGUGCUUUCUCCUACAUUUCCCGUACUUGGUAAUGCACUUUUUAAAUGUGGUUUUUACACACAAAUUGGGGACGCAGUUUUGGUUUUAGGUGUGCCGUGUUGUAUGUUCUUUUUCCAAUGUAAACCACUACCUAUAGACGUGAUAAGGCUGUUUCCCGGAGAUGUUUAUUAUGUCGAUGACGUCAAGCUCCCUGUGGGGCAUGAGUGCAUCUGUUACUUCCCCCUUAUGCCACUUGUUUUGUUUUGGGGUUGUUUUUUUUCCCAUUUUUGUAGCUGCCACCCUCCUGCAUUUUUAGAGAUCCCUAUCUUGUCUUGGCUGGGAGAUUGAAGCCCCUUUCACACUGCCAGCUCAGUAGUAGAAACACACGGAUGGACGUAGUAUCAGGGUCGGAACAGAGGUGGGACGCUGUUGUCUGGCUAGUAUUUGACAUCACACGUUGCAUCUGAUGGUGUGUAGCCAUGUGAAAGCACACGCAAUCACAGGAACGUCUUUCAUGACUGCUUUCUGUGUAUAAUGCACAGAUGUGCUGUUCUGGCUCUGAUGCGUCCGUUUUGCAGGAUUGUGUGCGUGCGUGCCUAUGUGUGUGUGAAAGAGACCCAACUGGCCCCCCAUAGAUGAUGGAACUUUGGCUGUGAAGUGUUUUGUGAGGGAAAUGAUCAAGUGAUUUAGCUUUUUCAAAAUACUAAAAUGGGCUUCGUGUCAAGUGUGUUCUGAUGUAUUUGACCUAAAAGUUUGGCUUUGCCCUAAAUCUCGCCGUAGCAUGGGGGGGGUUUCACAAGGCAGGACCAGUGAGCGGCUGUGCUGCUUUGUGAGAAGAUGCCAGCACGCCAUCUCAUUGGUCCUGUCACCUGAGAUGCCACCCAGUGUCUUUGCACAAUCCCUAUUUUAAAGGACGUGACAGUAUUUUUAAAUUUACCACUAAAGAAUAUGGGUUACUCUGCAUGUUUUACUAUAGUUGUAAAUAUGUUUUGGAUUUUUAUAUUGUUUUUUUUUCUUUCCAUGCUCUCACAAGCAGUUGUGUUUAAUAAAAUUUGUAACCUUCUGUACAAAGAGCAUUCCUUUAUUCAAAGCGUCGCA